GUUAAGUGUGCCAGAAAGUACACCUUUCACAGCUGUCCUGAAGUUUGCCGCAGAAGAAUUCAAAGUUCCUGCAGCAACAAGUGCCAUUAUAACAAAUGAUGGUAUAGGAAUAAACCCUGCACAGACAGCAGGAAAUGUGUUUCUAAAGCAUGGUUCGGAUCUACGGAUUAUUCCCAGAGAUCGAGUUGGGAGUUCUUAACAUCUCCUGAAAGCCUUGGAAUAAGUGACAUUGCCACGCAGCAAACGUCUAUUUAUUUUGAAACUUCAAAAUGCAAUUAAUGAAUUGGCCUUUUUUAAAGCUAGCAAAAAUUAUUUCCCAGGAUUUGAUUUUUUUGAAACAGAGAUAAGGUUUUGUUUUCUUGUUAAAUUAUAUUAACUCAUGCACUUAUUCUUCCCUGACUUGUAGAAGAAUGGGCUGAUUGCAUGUUAUGUUAUUGAAAAAAGAUGGACUGCUCUGUCGAUGUUACUGAUUCCACAAGGGUAAACACACAGCCACAAUCAACAGAUAUUUAAAAUACUGGAUAUUGCUGAGCCUACUUUUUGGAAGGGGGAACUGUGUUACGAUCUGACGACACAGAAUUUG